CUUUUAAAAAGCUGGGCUCCUCUCUCUCUCUCUACCACUCUCUCUGUCUUUUAUCUGCUCUCUGGCCAUUCUACCUAUCACACCCACAAUAGUCAGCGGGAAGACAGAGAGGAUGGCUCAACAGGAGGAUUUGCUAUUAUCUGUUCAACAGCGUUCUUUUUAUCCUGCAGUUUGCCAAUGUCUGUUAGAAAAGAAUGAACUUUCUCAUUUUUGCAACAGUGGGAUAUCUCUACUCACUAGAAGAUAUUUGUGAUUUUCUGGCAAAAGGAUAUCUUGACAAUAAGGUGUCUCUUUUCUGAGAGAAGGGGAUUUUUUUUUCUCCCAUUGUUUCUCGUUGUUGGGCCUUUGUCUUAAUUGUAAAGCAAAACUGGAUGUCUAAGGAAACAUGUGGACAAAGAUAUUUCCUUUGCUGACUUUGUUCACAAGACAUGAUAUGAGAAAGUCAAAGAAGCAAUGGCAUUUAAAGAAAUUGUUUAAUUGUCAGUGAUGUCAGUGAGGACUGUUUAUCACCGGAGGAGAAACACGGAGCAGAAGAUUCUGGACGUGGAAGCAGGAAAGUCUAACAGGGAGGAAGAAGAGCAAGAAGACAUAGAUUGUUUGCAGCAGUUCUCCCGCUGUCCUGCUUGCAACCAGGGCCAUGACAUCCUCUUGAUCCUGCCGUGCUCUCACAUCAUGUGUGCUCCCUGUAUAGCAGCUGGAGAGGGAAUAAGAUCAGGUCAGUCUCAGCACCGUAGUGUCAGCGUACCUGUCUGCUCUGUGCUGUGCCCAUGCUGUCGACAUCCUGUAGAGUUGCCAUGCUGGACCUGGUUAUCUGCAACUUCCUGUCUCCAAAAACAUCCCACCCUGAGUCCUGCAAGUGUCAGCAGGGAGACAGGCACAAAGGAGAGAGCAUCUGAAGAUCACCUUCAACAUGUGCAGGGGGACACAUACUGUGAGGAUGCAGGUGACAUGACAACACAGAGCUGUUUACAUGGCUCCAAUGCUGCCAGUUCCUUAAUAGCACCAGUGGAUGGCGGUGUAGACCUGCGAGAGGAGGAGAUGGAGCAGUCUGUUUUUGGACUAAGUUUUGCUCUGGACCCUUUAACUAUCCCUCCAUCCCUCCAUCUUUCCCACUCCUCCCUCACCGUUACCUACCAUGGAGAGAACCCUCCUGGCCCACCUCUAGACAACACGGUCAGGAGAUUGAUGACCUCUGACCCCAGGGUUACGCUGGCCCUCCCCCAGGUCUGCGCUGAUGUUGUCAUUGCACGAGGACAGUAUUACUGGGAGGUGGAUGUCUGUAACAGCUCCGUCUACAGGAUCGGUGUGAGCUCACUGGAUGGUUCUGGCGGCUGGUGGCUUGAAAGGCAGGGCUUAUCUUUUAGUGCAGUGUAUGAUGGGAGCCGAGAGCCACUCUGCACUGUCCCGCCUCAGAUCAAAACCCUCGGGGUCUUCCUUAACAUCGGAGGGGGCGCCCUGAGCUUCCACAAUCCUCUGACCUGGGAGCACCUAGCCACGCUGCCUACGAGUUUCAACCCUUCUGGAGUUCUCCCAGCUCUGGGCCUGGGCCAGGGUCGACUGAAGCUGCGCUGCGGCCUCCCCCCUCCUCCUCAUGUGUUCCUCAGUAAGGACUCUGCCUACAGGGGACCUUGUGGGGCUGGCGGAGGCCGGUGGCACAGGGAGAUUCCCUUUCAGUCAGUGAGAAAAGUGAUACAGAAGUUUGAGGAGCUGGCUGUGUCGGACUCAGACUCAGGCCUGGUGUCCAGUUUUGGAUCAUCCUGCUCCACCUUCUCUUCCCUUCCAGAUCUGGGGAUUCCUGGGAUGUUUCCCUCUGGACAAGCAGGACAGGGAACUGUGACUGAAAAAGAAAGUCUUUAAUGGGAGCAUCAGAAACACACCCACCACUCCUCUGAGUGGUUUGAUCUUUGGCUGUCAUUUAAAAGGCUAAUUUUUCAUCUUGAAGGACUUAUGGCUGCCUCUUUCCACUCUCUGCGUGACCCCGGACCAGCAAUUGACUCCCUCCCCAGGACGCAAUCCUUUCUCUCAACCAAACAACCCCUGCUGGUUUGGGAUCGAGCCAGAAAGAGUCCUCUGUAAUGUGAAUUGUGAGGAAACGGUGGGCUUUUAGCAGCAGGACUUCUUGAUUUGUCUCUGUGUGGCGGUUGUCACACAGUAGGGGUCCUACAAUAGAACUGCGCACGUUCCUGCAUGUGUGUAUGUGGGUAAAAGGACUACCCAGAGUACGAGCGUUUGUGUGUGUGUGCGCGCAUGAGCAAGAGGCAACAAUGUACAAGCGGCAGGGGGCGAGAUGACGAGGUGUGAGUACAGUGACACCAGCGGUGUUGACACAGAGCAGAAAGGACAGGUGGUAACAUAGAUUUAUCCCGCGGCCAUGCCUUCGAUAGGACAGUAGGACUGCCCUUUACUGACCCUUUGAAAACCCCAGGACUCCCAAAGACUUCAAAAGGGGGGGCAGAGAGCAGGAGAACAGAGAGGGAGAAAGAGAAAACAGCAUGCAUGAAUUAAAGACAGCAGGUGAUGAUCUGGUAAAAAAAAAAGAAAAAGAAAGAAGCGGAGAGAAGGAAUCCCAACAGCUUUCAUGCCAAGAAGCUCUAAAUAGAUUAACUGGCUAAGGACACACCAUCUGAGAAUUUGAUUUAAGGUAGUAGUGAGCUGCUAUUUUCCAUUAAAAGUGGUGAAUACUGAUUGCAGUAUAGAGACGCAUUAGUUAUCUUGGCACAUUUUUCAGAUGUGGAAUAAAAAUGUACAUUUUAACCCCUGUUUGCGAAGGGUGUUCUCUGCAACUAAAUCCUCCUCUUGUGUCUCUUCUCCAUUGGCUUUUAGCUCCACAGACCCCAGAUUUUGUUUGCAUGUUAGACACAGAUUUAUUUUGAGCGAUUUUGGCAAAGGAAAUAGCGAAAGUAAACUUUUCCUUCUUUUCUCCUCCCUCACCAAGGCUCCGAGACCCAUUUAAGAACCACUGGUGCCUUAUGCUUGGCAUGGUCGAUAUUCAUGCUCUCCCUGCGACCACUUAUGAUUAUAAUGCAGGCCCUAUUGAAGAAGUCCCUCCAACUUUUGUUGUCUGUUUUUCAAUGACUGCUUUUUUGGAAGGUGCAAUCUCCAAAUAUUUAGUCAGACCAACUAAACUGUUAAUGUCAUUGUAAGACGAAAGUAAUGCUCGCAAUAAAAAAAAGAAGAAGCAUUAAUCAGUAGUAGCACUACAGGGGCCCUUCUGAGGACGAGUAUAGCAGCGGUGGAGUUGGGCCAAUUUUCCAUUGAGAAUCAUUCAUUUCAUGCAUGCACGAAAUCAGUUAAGCAGCAGGUCAGAUUCAGUAAUAAGCGAUGAGUCAAAGAGAAGCUUGUCAGACUGUCGCCUCUCAGACCACUCAUCAGGAUGACUGUGUGUUGAUGUUUAACGGUCGAGGUAUUUACCGAGCGAUUAAAAAAUGUGUGUGCCGUGACCGCCUUUGGCGCGGCUCUCUCUCUGCAGAUCUAUCGGCUUUUAGGAAUACAGUGUGUGGAAGCAAUUUGACUCUUGUAAACAGAAAUGAGAGGGGCGUGAUGCAGAUUUCAAAGAGCCGAGAGGAGGGAGAGAGAAAGAAAGAAAGAAAGAAAGAAAGAAAGAAAUAAAGAAAGAAAGAAAAAAAGAAAGAAAAAAAGAAAGGGGGAGUUUUCCAGGAAGGAUGGAGAAGACGUGAAACGCAUGCACAUGUGUGCGUAUUUGACAGUGUCUACUUUAGGCUACUCUGGCUUUCUGAACAUGAAGUGUAUGGCAAGGUGUAGUGGUGGAAUGUAACAUUACUCAAGUACUUUGAGAUACUAUUCUUGAGUUGUUCCAUUGUAUACUUCUUCAAGAUAUUUAUUCACGUCUUGUAUUUUUUAUUCUCAUGUCUG